AAUCUACCGUUUUCGACAAUUUCUCUCAUCUUCUUCUUGCCCUUGGUCUUUAAGCGGCCAUGUGAUUUGAAGAUAAUUAUUGGUUGUAAUAUUUGAGUUGAAAUGGGGGUUUCUGAUAAUAUGAUGCAUAAAGAGAUAGCAAAGUUGGCAAGUGGUGGUCAUUCUGAGGCAAGGUUGGGAAGGGUGCCAACUGAAAAUGGUCACAUUGCCCCUGCCCCCAUGUUUAAGAAGCGUAAUGUUUCGGCUGUUCGGGAUUUUCCACCGGGGUGUGGAAGGUUGGCUGCAAAAAUAACCAAACCAAGUGAGCAAGCAGAAGAGAAGACGGUUUCCGAGUCAGAAAAGCCAGAAUUAUUGACUGAUUAUGCAGAUAAGGUCCAGUGUGAAAAGCCAGCAGUGUUGCCCGAUAAUGCCGGAAAGGUUCAAUGUGAAACAAAGUCUUCAGGAGGCUCUGAAGUUGCGGCGUGUUUGAUAAAUGAAGUUUCUGGUUCACAUAAGUAUUUACCUGAGGAGAAUACUGUCAUUUCUGAAGAGGAGAUUCCACAAAGGGGUGCAAACUUGCAUCUUGGUGAGAGCAGUUUAGAGAAGAAUUUAGCAAUAAAUUAUCGUCCUCGACAAGGAGUCACUGUUGUGAGAGACUUCCCUCCAUUUUGUGGAAGAAAUGCUCCACCUCUUAGCGAAGAGGAGCGUGUGAAAUGGCUUACCACUUUGAAGAACAAGGGUUUUAAUAUAGAGAAGUUUGUAAAUGAAGAAAAAUCCCUGGUAAAGACCUUAUCUGCUGAUGUGAGACAAGUAAUGGAGGAUGUUCAGGAUAUACUUGCUGUAGAUAGUAAAGUAGAAGGUAAUGCUCCUAGGCUAUCUGUAGAAGGUAUUCAUUCUAAACCUGAAGAGCCAGCUACUGAAAAAAUGGAAAAGCAAGGUGCAUAUAAAGUUUAUUCCUGCAACGAUGUGGAGGAUGAUGCCGGAAAUAUGAUUAAAAAAAGCAGCAAACCUUCUUGUGAAGCUUUUCCAAAUGAAUUUGAUAGGAACUCUGUCAAAGUAACUGAGACGGGGGAUGUAUAUGCUACAGGUUCGGAGGAAAAACCUAUUGGUGAUAUUGUUGUCUAUGAAAGGGGUAAUAGUUUUGAGAAAAAGCUUCCUGAUUCAUCAUCUUUUGAGGAUCAACUGCUAGAGGAGGGUCAAAUUGUCGUCUAUGAAGAGGGAAACAGUUUUGAGAAAAAGCUUCCUGAUUCGUCUGCUUUUAAGGAUCAAUUGCUGGAGGGGAAUCACGAGAGUCAAGAAAUUUUAUCAAAUGGUCCUUGUCGACAAUGGAAAGUCACCUGCAAACCUGACCUGGCUGGUGGUUCAUUAAAAAGAAAAAAAGAGAGCAAUUCUAUAUUGCCACCACCACAAGCAAAUACCAAGAAGAGUUCUUCCAAAAAAAGGGCUCGUAAAAGUUGUGGUCAGGUCGUUGUUAGGAACAAGGAAGACUUGUUGCAGCAGGAUGAGCAAUACUCAAAUGAUAAUUUUGCUCAGAGAUCAUGCAGUUAUGAUGUGAGUCUUCCUCCUUGCCCAACUAGUACAGAUGAUGCAAUGACUACUCGGAACAAAGUGAGAGAGACUUUGCGUUUAUUCCAAGCCAUCUCUCGGAAACUCUUACAGGAAGAAGAAUCAAAGAUGAAGGAACAAGGAAAAGCUGGUAAGAGGAUAGAUAUCCUAGCUGCAAAAAUUCUGAAAGAAAAAGGGAAAUAUGUUAACACAGGCAGACAGAUCAUAGGACCUGUUCCGGGAGUUGAAGUUGGUGAUGAGUUUCAGUAUUUUGUUGAGCUCAAUAUUGUUGGCCUUCACCGCCAGAGUCAGGGUGGUAUAGAUUAUGUAAAGCGAGGUGAAAAGAUUAUUGCUACCAGUAUCAUAGCUGGGGGGGGCUAUGAGAAUGAUUUGAAUAAUUCAGAUGUCUUGAGUUACAUGGGCCAGGGAGGAAAUGUGAUGCAGAAAGGUAAACAACCAGAGGAUCAAAAGCUUGAAAGAGGAAACCUUGCUUUGGCAAAUAGCAAAGUUGUUAAGAAUCCGGUAAGGGUGAUUCGUGGUGAAUCAAGGUCGUCGUCUACUUUGUUGGAAAGUAGAGGUAAGACAUAUGUUUAUGAUGGACUUUAUUUGGUGGAGGAGUUUAAGCAAGAACCAGGACCACAUGGUAAGCUGGUCUUCAAAUAUAAGCUGGUCAGAAUCCCGGGUCAACCGGAGCUUGCUUGGAAAGUUGUAAAGAAAUAUAAGGUGCGGGAGGGGCUCGUUGUAAGUGAUAUUUCACAACGGAAGGAGAAAACUCCAAUUUGUGCUAUAAACACCAUAGAUGGUGAAACCCCCCCAUCAUUUGUGUAUGAACCUCACAUGAUCUACCCUGACUGGUGCCGCCCUAUUCCUUCCAAAGGUUGUGGUUGUAUUAAUAGGUGCUCAGAAUCAGGGAAUUGUUCCUGUGUGAUGAAGAAUGGAGGAGAGAUUCCAUAUAACCAUAAUGGGGCCAUUGUUGAAGCAAAACCACUUGUUUAUGAAUGUGGUCCUAAUUGCAGUUGUCCUCCUCCUUGCCAUAAUAGAGUUAGCCAACAUGGCAUAAAAUUUCAGCUUGAAAUCUUUAAAACUGAAUCAAGAGGCUGGGGUGUUAGAUCCCUAAAUUCUAUCCCUUCCGGAAGUUUUAUCUGCGAGUAUGCUGGAGAGCUCCUUGAAGAUAGGGAAGCGGAAGAAAGAAAAGGGAGUGACGAGUAUCUGUUUGAUAUCGGAAAUAACAGUGACAGUUCUCUCUGGGAUGGUCUUUCAACCAUAAUGCCUGAUGCACAUUCAAGUUUUUGCCAAGUUGUACAAGACAGUGGUUUCACCAUCGAUGCAGCACGGUGUGGCAAUAUUGGGAGAUUCAUAAACCAUAGUUGUUCACCUAAUCUGUAUGCACAAAAUGUCCUUUAUGACCAUGAAGAUAUGAGAAUCCCACACAUAAUGUUCUUCGCUGCUGAGAAUAUCCCUCCCUUGCAAGAGUUGACAUAUCACUACAAUUAUAUGAUAGAUCAUGUUCGAGACGAGAAUGGUAACAUAAAGCAGAAAAUAUGCUAUUGUGGUUCUUCUGAGUGUACUGGUAGGCUGUAUUAAA